AGCUCUGGGAGCCAAUGAGAGCCAGGGGACCGGUGUCCAUGUUGGCGUGCACAAGGGCGUGUUGUCUCUAUUUAAACCGUUGGCUUUGCACGGAUUACACAGACACAGCUUACCUGAAAACGAUCGUCUUGCAAACGCGCUUCUGCACCAGAAGUCAUCCAAAAUGAGCGACAGCAAUCCAGUCAAUCAGGAAGUGGAGCAGUUUAACAAGCAAAAGCUAAAGAAGACUAACACACAAGAAAAAAACCAUCUUCCAACAAAGGAAGAAAUCGAAGCAGAGAAGAAGGCCAUGAAAGAGGAAGAUAAUUGAAGUGAGCCAUGAUUCCUCUCCUUCAGUCCGGCCCUGCUACCUGCUCAUCUUCCAACUGGGAGUCCAACCAUCGCCACCUCUGCCUCGGUUUUCUGUGCCACACCAUCUUUGCUUAGAAAUGGUGUGCGGUUUGAUGCUAUGGGGAAAGAUCUGUCUGUGGGUCCAAGUAAAUUAAGGCAGUGUGUGUGUUUUUUUUUGUUUUUUUGUAUUGUUUUUAAGUGCAGUUCAGAAAAGGGUUGAACUGAGCAUGAUAAAGAUUCUACAGGGUGUCAAUUUAAGCAAAACGGGGGAAGAAAAUCAUGAAUAAUUUUUGGUAAUUAAAAUGUAUUAAUCACAUUACAAUACCAUAUGUAUGCCUGUAAAUGGUGCCAUUCAGGAUAUGUUAUGAAAAAAGAAUACAAAAGAUGAUAUUGUUUUUAAUAAAAAAACAAAAAAUGG